UGCCCAAAUUAACUAGAGCACAAGCAACGCAUCACCUUUACCCCACAUCUGACACAAUAAAAGAGCCCACCCAACAACUUCAGAUCCUUCCACUCUUCAUAAUCUGCUGUUGAGUCUUCAAGAGAGUCCACCUAACAUCCAGAAUGCCUGCCGACCUCAGUGGGACGUGGGACAUGGUCAGCAAUGUCAACUUUGAGGGUUACAUGCUUGCACUUGGUGUUGAUUUUGCAACACGCAAGAUUGCUUCUGUGUUGAAGCCUCAGAAAGUGAUUAAGCAAGACGGAGACUGCUUCUCAAUUCAGACACUCAGCACUUUCAAAAACUACGAGUGUUCAUUCAAGACUGGAGAAGAGUUCGAGGAGGUGACAAAAGGAAUGGACAACCGCAUAUGCCAGUCUGUGGUCAGCUGGCAAAAUGACAAGCUGGUGUGUGUUCAAAAAGGAGAAAAGAAGAACCGGGGCUGGAGUCACUGGCUCGAGGGAGAUGAGCUUCAUCUGGAGCUCACAUGUGGGGAUCAAGUCUGCAAGCAAAUUUAUAAAAGGACCCGGUGAUUAAACUCAGGAAAAAAAUACACUGCUUGUGAUUGUUUUAUUAAUCAAAAUCUCAACACAACAUAGACUGC